AGGGCCAAACCCAAUUUCAAAAAGUAAUAUCCGAGUUCAAAUAGUUGGAAACUUUUAACCGAACAAUUUUAAUUUGUUUGGGAGCGGAGCGUCCAGGUAGAUGCCAGCUAAAGUAUCCGUUGGAAGAAACUGAAUGAUCUACAUGUUUGAAAUUCUUUUCCCAUCAUGAUAAUUGAUAAUUUACGUUUGACACGAGUUUUUCAGGUGAAGUGAUAGAAGCAGAUUUUUACACAUCUGAGAUAUACAAUUCCAUGCAUGCAUAAGAUGAUCGAGCUCUUAGGGUUUGAUGAUGUGUAGAUGAUUACCCAGGGCUUAAACAGGGAUGCAUAUGUGGGAAGAGUAGACGCAAGCUUGCUUCCAGAAAUUGCAGCAAACUACAAAGGAAAACCACAGUGCGAGGAAGAAAUUCUUGCGUGGCUCUCAGGCUUCUCGGUCAGGGUCCCUUCUUAUUAAUUCGAUAUCCUAGCUGAUCUUCUAUUGCUUGAAAAUCAGGUCCUCCUCCUUGGGCUGUUCGAAAUGGAGGACAAGCACACAGAAGAAACGGCAAGGACAGAGCUGCUAAGAAUGAUACUCGAUGGUAUAAUUGCCUUGGCUCACCCUUUCUCGUAUUCGGUGCACCCAAAAACAGGGGAAUCACCAACAGAGCUUAAAGAGAGCGACACAAAAUUGAAAGAAGCCCUACCGUUUAAAGCAUAACAUUCUGAAGCAAUACAAUCACAUUUUGGGAUUUUUCCAUGAUUUCCAAAUUUGGUGGGUUUCCAGGGUUUUUAAUCUUACAUCACGUUAACCAUUCUUGAGAACUUGCGUGGCUCUUCAAUCCCUAGACUCUAAGGCUUGAUCACUUUGGAACCUUGAUCAGGUUCCAUCCUAAAUGACCUUCGAUUGCUUGAGAAUCAGGUCCCCAUAGUCCUCCUCCUUAGGCUAUUGGAAAUGGAGGACAAGCACACAGAAGAAACGGCGAGGACAGAGGUGCUUGGAAUGAUAUUCGAUGGUAUAAUUGUCCCCAUAGUCCUCCUCCUUGGGCUGUUGGAAAAGGAGGACAAGCACACAGAAGAAACGGCGAGGACAGAGGUGCGUGGAAUGAUAUUCGAUGGUAUAAUUGCCCUGGCUCACCCUUUGUUAUAUUCUCUGCAGCCAAAAACAGGGGAAACACCAACAGAGCAUAAGGAGCGCGAGACAAAUUUGAAAGAAUCCCUAUAGUUUAAAGCUUAAAUUUCUGAAGCAAUACAGCCACAUUUUGGGAUGUUCAUAAUACACGAACAGAGGGUAGCCAUCAUCGUUAGCUUCGUGCUCUUCUCCCUGUGAUUUUGAUAUAGAUAUCUGAUGCUACAAAUUUGAUCUUCAGGAACCUCAUGGCUGUGGACCUCUCCCAAGAAAAAAAACUCACUCCUACUUUAAAGAAUGGGUUUCCAAUUAAUACUUUGAUCCAGUCUUAAAAGGACGUGGCUCUGCUGAACAUGGCGAUAAAAAUGAAAACUCUGCAAAAGAGCUGGGAUGAACCUACACAAAAUCGUCCAAAAGGCCAGGGACAGAUGGCUUUAGGCCCCUUCUUCAUGUAAAUGCUCAAAAUCAGGACAAAAAGAGUAAACAGGGUCAGUAAAAGUCCAAAUUGUGGAUAUCCCGCAGUAUACUCAAGGGUUGCAUCUCUUCCAAUGGGGACUCAUGACAAGGAUGAAAUUUCCAUUGCUGGUAUUACUUUUCUGAAUCUCAGUUUUGACAAACUGUUGCACUCCCAAUAGUUCCCUUGCCCUUGGUCUAAGGAUCUCAUAGUAAGUGGUGUUGCUAAUGCUAAUGCUAAUGCUGUUGUAUUUGACCCCUCAGCGAGGCAGAUCCUUUCUACACUAUCUGGGCACAACAAACAGGUCUCCUUAUUGGCAACAAAUGGUUGAUGCCAUUACCAUAUGCGGGGCGGGGUUCAAAGCCCCUAGUGAGAGUGAUUUGAGGGGACCCAUUUUGUCUCAAAUGGUGGAUGAUGUGAAAAAGGAUUUAGAUGAACAACGCCACAUAUGGAGCACUAAAGGUUGCACCAUCAUGACUGAUGGUUGGACGGAUAGGAGAAAUAGAACUCUCCUUAAUUUUCUUGUUUCUUCCGCAGGGGGCACCAUUUUCAUCAAGUCCAUUGAUGCCUCCGCCCAUUGCAAGAAUGCCACCUACCUAUGUGAGCAGAUAGAGGAGGUGAUUGAAGAUGUGGGUGAGGAGAACGUGGUACAGGUGGUGACCGACAAUGCAGCAAAUUAUGUUGCUGCGGGUAGACUAUUGAUGGAGAGGCACCCAUCUAUAGUUUGGACUCCAUGUGUUGCUCAUUGCAUUGACCUCAUGUUGGAGGAUAUUGGAAAAAUCCCAUGGGUCAAGAGAUGUGUAGAAAGGGCAAGAAAUGUCUGCAAAUUUGUAUAUUCAUGGGUGUUGGCUCUUAUGAGACAAUACACAGAGCAGAAGGAGUUGCAUCGUCUAGGAAUCACAAGAUUUGCCACAAACUUCCUCACAUUGCAGUCCAUGCUUAGGUCUAAGUCUGCCUUGAGACGUAUGAUUGUUGGUGAGGAGUGGUCUUCCUCAUCCUAUGCUACCACCCCUGCAGGGAUAGAGAUGGCAGACUGCAUUUUUUAUGAGCAAGGCUUUUGGGUCCCUUGUGAUGAGAUAGUGAAGUUUGUUAAGCCCUUGGUGGUUUUGUUGCGAGUUGCGGAUGGAGAUAAGCCCGCAAUGGGCUAUAUAUAUGAGGGCAUGGAUAGGGCGAAGGAGGCCAUCAGAUUCGUCUAUGGAGCAGAUGAGAGCAAGUAUGGUCCCAUUUGGGAGAUCAUUGAUAGGAGAUGGCAUCAUCAGCUUCAUAGGCCCAUCCAUGCGGCAGCCUAUUAUCUGAAUCCUGCAUUCCGUUUUAUCCCUUCUUUCAAGGUUGAUGCGGAGGUCCUUAAUGGGCUAUAUGCAAUCAUGGAGAAGAUGGGACCUGUUGGUACUUCUCAGACAGACCUUUUUCGAGAGCUACAGAUGUUCUUAGAUGCACAAGGGGAGACCUUCUCUCGUCCUGUCGCCAAAGACGGUAGGACAACUAUGAUGCCAGAUCAUUGGUGGAACUUUUUUGGCCCAGAGACACCAAAUGUUCAGAAGUUGGCCAUUCGUAUCUUGAGCCAACCAUGCAGUGCAUCAGGUUGUGAGCGCAAUUGGAGUAUGUUUGAGCACAUACACUCCAAGAGGCGCAAUAGAUUAUCUGUGGAGAAGAUGAAUGAUCUCGUCUUUGUUCACUACAACCUCCACCUGAGAAUGAGAAAGAAUGCAACAGUUGACAUGUCUCCUAUCAUUCUAGAUGAGGUUGAUCUUGAAGCAGAGUGGGCCAAUGAGAAUCAGACAGCUCCUGGGACUCCUACAGCUGUAUUUAGUGAUGAUGACAUUGAUUGGAUCGACCAGGUAGAUAUAGAGGCUGAGGCUGUAGCCAUGGCAGAGGAGGAGUAGAGAGCACGAGCAGAGACAGGAAAUACUGAGACUCAGAGUAACACAGCUGUUCCUGAUGUUGGUGAGCAUGACACAGCCGUUCGGCCUGUUCCUGAUGUUGGUGAGCAUGGCAUGGUGUCACGGGGAGCGACUAUGGCUGCUGAAUCAUCCAGGACCUACUUUAAACGCCUUCGCAGGGGGCCAGGGCGAGAGGGUGCACGGCCCUCUGAGCCAUAGGCUUGUACACUUGUAGUUGUAUUUAGUAUUUACUAUUUACCUUUGGUAUUUGUAUGAAACAUUUGAUGAUGAUCAUAUGAUGACAUGGAUUUUUUAUUCCAUGAGUUUUGUAAUAUUGUAUACAUUUGACAAUAUUUAUAUAUCUAUGUUUGUUAUUUU